CAGGCUUCAGUCUGAUGGUCUCCCCGGAUGGUCGCCGACAGACAUCAUCAAUCCGGAUUAUUGACUUGGCCCUCACCGAAAGAGACUCUGUGUUCUCCAACCGUCACAAGCCAAGUUGAUGCAAGCCCCUGCGAAUCGAGGCAUGAUAAUCUCUGGAGGAAAUCGCCGUCCUGAUGUCGUGGUAGUGAACGCGCGAGCACCCAACGCCGGAGAUGCUUAUUAUGGGUGCAGGCAGGAUUCCUUCACUUUGUGCCCCGCCCAACCUAUUUUUACUCAUCGAUAUUUUCGAUCUCGGAUGGAUGAUGCGAAGAAAGUCGAAAAAUAAAAACGAAUAAUCACUACCACUGAAAUUUUCUAAAAUCCGCAGACAUCGAUUCUGGUGGUCCAGGCUGAGAAUCUCAAAGCUGCGAUGGCUGAGUCGCUAGCGGCCUCGUCAGGAUAUGCAGGCUGUGGGGUUAUGUC